AUGCAAUGUUUACAUCUGGAUGAUGUGACACUAGAGACAUAUCAUCAUCGCCAGAACUGGCAGCUAGUGGCUUGUUUGAUGAUUGAGGCUUUCCCUGUUGAAGCUCUGAACUCUAUCCAACACUUGAAUGGGUCUGUUGGUGAAAUGGAGCAUACAGAGGCAUCAACUCAAUACCAUACCACGUUGUUAGUCAGCAGGACAGCAUACACGGUAGAGACUGACGUUGCCAAGAGAGAAACUGGGGUUCAUUUCAAUUCGAAGAGCGGCUUGGUGUCUGCUAGGGGUAAUUUCAAUAAGUUGUUUCUGACUGUGCAAGCUUUGAUUUCAUUGGUCUUGAUUAUGGUUAUCUUCCCCUCCACUUGCUUGAUCUUGGCUGUUGAUCAACCCGGCCCUUUGGAUUUAUUGUCCUCCACAACACAAAAUGAAGGUGAUGAUGUGAGGGAGGAAUCGCCAUUUUCCUGA